UCCAUAGGUACGCUGCCAACGUCAGGUUGAGAUGAGACUACCAGACUGGAGAGUCUGAGACUCAUCUCAGAUGAGUCUACCAGGGAAGAGAUGAAUCGACCAGUUUUUGCUGAUCAUAAAUUACUUGUGAAUAAUAAACAGAGAAGAAAAUUGACGUACCUCGGGGGAGAGACCAGCUUGGGAGAAGAAAAAGUGCAAAAAUGUGAUGAAGGGAAGUCAAAGUUUGUUUUAUCAAACCUUGAACAUUACACAAUCCACCCAAAUUUGAUCCAGUAUUAUGAGCCUCUCAAGGUCACAGAAUCGCACAAGUUAUUGGGUAGAAACCGAAAAAUCAAAAGAUUCAUGUCCCGAGUGACAGAAUUUGACCAGAAUAAGACGUUACUGAUUAUGACCAACAACCCACCUCCUAGCCCACUCAAUUGGCAAGGAAAGGACAACCCACCCUGCUACUUUUCCCAGGAGCUGCUUCACAAGCCACAGGAGCAAAGGAAAAUCACAAGUCAUGCUGGUCUCCCUCUGAUGAAGAAGAAAUUAAAGACUGAACCCAGGACUCCCUUUCCUGUAAUAAUAUUGGAGGAUGCUAAACCUAAGUGGGAGCAGUGGUACAGGUUUUCCACCAAGGCUGAUUUCAAGAGUGAAGCCAAGUUUUCAAAGCUCCAUGCCCUAAAGAAGCAACAGGAAGAGUAUCCUGAACUUUCCUUUGUUCCAGAUUUUAGGUCAGCGGCCAGGGACCAGGCUACCCGAGGGAAGGUCUCCACGGUAACCUGGGAGCCGUUGACCCUCGACACACUCCUGGAAGAGAAGCCGACGCUGACCGUGCCCUUGCCAAGAGAGAGCCCCUUCCGCUACGGGAGGGCCACGCAGUGGUUCAUAGACAGGACCAUGGUUCCCGACUGAGCCACGCAAAGCUCCCAAUCGAGGACACCCACUGCCAUGGACCUCCAGAGUGCGGCCGGCUGAGCUCUGGGCCUCCUUGUGACUUAGGCGAGCCAGCCUUAUGCCUGGGAAGGCUGCAAAGGAACUCGUGUGUCUGUCACACAGAAAUUCUGCGGGCCAAGCUCCCGGCUUUGGAAUUAGGAGCUGUUAGUACAGACUUGACCCAUUUUUGCUUUAUGUGUGUGUGUGUGUGUGCGCGUGUGAGGGAGUGCAUAUGUUUGUGCGGUUGGGAAAAAUGUUAGCACAGAGGGAAAGGCGUGACUGCGAGGCAAAAAGGGGCGAGGGAGGUCACUUAAGGCAGAGCAGGGGAAAGAGGCGGAGUUUCCACUAGAGUGACGGAUGAACUGCCCAGCCAGCUUGAG